CAAGUCCUGACUUAAUUUACAGGCGGGGUUUACGGUGAAGCCGGUAGGUUGGUUGAUGGGGAAAACAACAACAAGCUAGACAACAUGAGGCUCCCCGAAACACUGAUUUGGGCCGCUUUCCUCGUCCAGAAGGCGAUGGGGGAGUACGGCAUGGCCCACUUCAGCGACACGGGCAAGAGCAAAGGGAAGGACUACUGCAUAUUCUUCAACUCGCAGUGGGCCCGUCUGCCCCAGGACCUCAGCAAAGCAUCCCGCCUCCAGAUUCAUGACCUGACCCCUUCCGUGCUGUGCUCCGCCUCCGACAUCCCGGAGGGGGGCUUCCCUAACCGCAUCCCCAUGGUGAUGAGGGGCAACUGCACUUUCUACGAGAAGGUCCGGCUGGCGCAGCUGAGCGGCGCCAAGGGCCUCCUCAUCGUCAGCAAGGACCGACUGACGCCGCCAGCAGGAAACAAGACCCAGUAUGAGGAGAUCGACAUCCCCGUGGCUCUGCUGAGCUACUCUGACAUGCUGGACAUAAGCAGGACGUUCGGUAAAGGGAGGCUGGUGGCCAUGUAUGCUCCCAACGAGCCGGUGCUGGACUACAACAUGGUCAUCAUCUUCCUGAUGGCAGUCGGAACCGUGGCCGUUGGAGGCUACUGGGCCGGCAGCAGAGACAGCAAGAAACGCUACAUGAAGCACAAGCGCGACGACGGCGUGGAGAAGCAGGACGAGGAGACUGUGGACGUCACCCCCAUCAUGAUCUGCGUGUUUGUGGUCAUGUGCUGCAACAUGCUGGUGCUGCUCUACUUCUUCUACGACUAUCUGGCUAUCUGGGUGAUCGGGAUCUUCUGCGUCGCCUCCUCGGUCGGCCUCCACAGCUGCCUGUGGCCCUUCGUGAGGAGACUCCCAUUUUGCAAAUGCAGGGUCCCGGAAAACAACCUGCCGUACUUCCACAAGAGGCCCCAGGUCCGCAUGCUGCUGCUGUCGGCGUUCUGCGUCGCCGUCAGCGUCGUCUGGAUGGUGUUUCGCAAUGAAGACCAGUGGGCGUGGGUGCUGCAGGACGCCCUGGGCAUCGCCUUCUGCCUCUACAUGCUGAAAACGGUGCGACUGCCCACAUUUAAGGCCUGCACUCUGCUCCUGACGGUUCUGUUCGUCUACGACGUUUUCUUCGUCUUCAUCACUCCCUUCUUCACCAAGAGCGGGGAGAGCAUCAUGGUGGAGGUGGCAGCCGGUCCGUCUGACUCCGCCACACACGAAAAGGUGAGUUCAGGGCCCAGUCCUCCCGGUCGGAACCUCCCCGGCAGCCCGGCUGAAGUCGGUUCUGUUUCCUCCCAGCUUCCCAUGGUGCUCAAGGUGCCGCGGUUAAACUCCUCCCCCCUGGCUCUCUGCGACCGCCCCUUCUCCCUCCUGGGCUUCGGCGAUGUUCUCGUUCCAGGCCUGCUGGUGGUUUACUGCCACAGAUUUGACAUCUUGACUCAGACCUCCAGGAUCUACUUCGUGACCUGUACAGUCGCCUACGGCAUCGGCCUGCUCGUCACCUUCGUGGCUCUGGCGCUCAUGCAGACGGGUCAGCCGGCUCUGCUCUACCUGGUGCCUUGCACUCUGCUCACCAGCCUCACGGUGGCGCUGUGGCGCAGAGAGUUGUCCCAGUUCUGGACUGGAAGUGGAUUUGUGCCUCCCAUUGCGCUCGCCCCCAUCAACUGCACACAAACCGCAGAGCCGCUGACAGACGGGCCCCCGACUAAGGCGGAGCCACAGACCGCCGAGUCCUCCAAUCAGAGCGGAGACGGGCCUGAGCGGCAGCCUCAGGAGACGUCGCUGCCGGAGCCCACCGAAGACAAGGACAAGUGAAACGGAAGCAGCCUCCCCUGCCCGCCCCCUCCUGCUUUACUUUGACCUUUUCUGUGGUGGGGGGGGGGGGGGGGUAGUCAGUGGCGUCUGUCUGGACAUUAUUGGUGGUUCAAAGGGAAUGGUUUUUUAUUGGGGGCGGGGCUUUGUCGGGAAACCCGCACAGGUCCAACCUGCUCAAUCACUGGGCCCGCCCACCACGGCGUUCCGCGGCAGAGGGGCGUGUCCUUGAGAGAAACGAUGUACCUCAUCUCUGCGUGGACGGAACCGUUAAUCCGGCGGAACCAGCUGACCCGGUUUGUUCCGAUCCGGAGGUUUGAGUCAGUCCGACCUUCUCAACCCUGAGAUGAGGUAGAUUUUUAACUCUGUUACCAUGGUAACCUGCUGAUGAUGCUGCCCCCCCUCCCCCUUCUUAGAGCAGAGGGAAGUCUCAUAACAGACCAUCAGUGUCAAGUUGAGAUGCUUUUAUUCUGAAGGGUUUCUGUCGUCUCGGUGAUAAACUGGGAUUGAGUCCGGUUUGUUAAAGCAGAACAGAUUCUGGAUCUGAAAACGUGUUUCUUCUUCCCCUUCAUGGAUCCUGGUGAUCAGAGUUUCUGUAAGUCCACACAUCGUCUUCGGGUCCUUCAGGAAAUGUGGAGAUGAUGAUCCGACGCGGUUUUGGUCAGAUAUCAGCGUUCUAGUAAAUGUGUUGAAGUGCAGCUUUGUUUGAUGUAAAGCAGGAAGUCUCCUCUGAUUGGCUCAAACCUGCAGCAGCAGCAGCUUAUUGGAUCUCUCAUAGAUCCAGGUGAGCUGUACCUGCUUCAGACCAGACCCCCCCCUCCCCCCACUGGCAGCUAAACUGCGGUCAUGGCAUCCGUGACCUCGCUGAAGUGACGCCUUUACGUUCAGCUGCUGGGAUUGGCUCCCAAACACAGACUUUGUUCUUUUGAGUAAAACCUGAUUGGGUCAGUCUGCGGUUUGGAGGCGUGGCCUAUGCGUCGCCUGAGAGGAGAACACUACAGUUGGUCUCCAGGACGAGUUGUCUGGAGACGCCACCGUUGUCUGACGAGUUUGUGGUACGCGUUUGCACAGGAUGUUUUGAUUCUUCUGCCUUUUAUUUUGAAAUCUGACCUGAAGGAACAAUGAUGAAGAUGAUGAAGAGUCCAGCUGUUACAUCAUGUCUGUUUACCAGCAAACAUGCACGUCUGGAUCCAGACCAGACUUAAGGAGAAGGUUUUCAGUCCUGAUAAAUAAACAUUUCUCUGAACGUG